AUGCUCAACUUGCCUUGGAAAAUCUAUCUCUGCAUCUUGGUUUUGAGAACGAUUGAAGGAGAUCUUCAGAAUCUUCAGAUUGUUGCAGCAGAAGCUUAUUCAGCUGCAGAAGAAACACAGGCUAAAGAUGCUUCACCAGCCCCUCAGUUUGGUGGCUGGCAUUUAGCAAGCCCUUCUCUGUCUCCUGAAUUGAAAAAAACUAUUGGCAUUUCGGAGACUGAACAGGUCAACAGACACUUAUUGCUUCGAAGGAAGCGAUCCGUUUUGUUUCCCGGAGUUAAGAUCUGCCCUGAUGAAUCUGUUGAGCAGGCUAUUGCCAACCAUCUGAAAUACUUCAGGCUCAGAGUGUGUCAGGAAACAGUCUGGGAGGUCUUCAAGACAUUCUGGGACAGACUGCCAGAGCGUGAAGAGUAUCAUACCUGGAUGAACCUAUGUGAAGAAGGAACAAUGAGUAUCCUUGAAAUAGGCACAAACUUCAGUCAAUCAGAAGAGCACCGGAGUCUGAUCAUGAAGAAACUGUCCUAUACAAAGGAAGCGAUGGGUGGCUCCUGCAGUGAUUGGUCAUGUGGUACUGGGACUCCAACUCCAGCUUCAACUAUUGAUGUUACCACAUGGAGAGAUGCAGCUGCCAACGUUCCUCCCCCUCAUGGGGUCUCCAUUGAGAGUCCUUCGGGCAGUACCGUCCGUGAGAUCCAAGACACAGACACUGCUACCAAUAAUGAGAUAAAGAAGGAGGAUGAGCAGCUACUGAAACCUGUAACUGAGCAGAUCAUUGAGUUCAGCAUCAUGAUCGUUGGAGAGAAGUACAGUGAGGAGCUGAGUGACCCAGCCACCGUGAAAUAUCAGCUGCUCUCCGAACAAUUCAUUGCACAGAUCCAAAAGGCAUUUGAAGGAUUACCUGGAUACAAAAACAUCCAUGUACUGGAAUACAGCUCUCCUGAGGAGGACAGUGGGGUGGAAGUCCACUAUGCUGUUACAUUUGAUGGAAAAGCCAUCAGCAAUGCCACCUGGGACCUGAUUAACCUUCAUUCCAACAAGGUGGAGGACAACUCCUUUAUGGGCAUAGAGGAUAAUCCAACAGUUGUUUAUACCAUCAGUGAUUUCCAAGAUUAUAUUGCUGAAAUUCUCCAGAAAAAUGCCUUGCUUGAAAACACUUCCUUGAUUUUGGACCCUAACUCUCUCCAACUUAUUAACGUGAAAGAAACUGUACAGCCUGCAGCAGAAGACCCAUCCUGGAUUACUGAGCAUCCCGUUGUGCUGGAGCGCCCAGAGUCUGAUGAUAGCACCUUUGUAGCUGAAUGGCCUUCAGCGGAUGAAUCAACGGCCAGCAAUACCUUGCCAUUCGACUUCACCAAACCAGAUUUCACUUUAGGUAGUGAACAGUCCAAUGACAAUGAAAUCCGGCCAAGGCCUGAAAAUCUGGACUCCGAGGUCAGCUUGACACCUGAAGCUCCACUCUCCCCAGAGGCUGACGUCACUUCUUUGCCUGGUGGCCUGAAUUUAGAGGAAGGGAAUCGGACUCCCCGUUUGGUCGCCCCAUCAGUAUUAGGGCACGAUUCUGUGGACUCUCUGGAAUGGUUUUCAGUCCCCAGUUCUUUAGAUGGGUUUGACGAUGCUGGACUAGCUGAAGACUUUCUUCUGCCUUCAAGUGUCCCUCCUUACCUCAUGCCAAAGAAACCUUCAUCCACAGAUGAUCAUGUAGUUCCUCUGCUUUCUGCACCAACAUCAGCCUCUUCAUCAGUCACAGAGACUGAUACUAAAGGAACGGUAUCUGCUGAGAAGAAAGAAGUAGCUAGGGGUAGCGCUGCAGAGAGUAGUAAUGCAGACUCUGUGUCGCACGAGUCCGUGAAAGAAGUUCCUUUUCCCUUAGAAGCAGACCCUGCGGAAGGUGAAACUGAUAUAUACCUUGGAGAUAGAAUUAUAAAUGAAGAUGGGUCUGGUUCAGCUUUUGAUGGAUCGGGAAAAGAAAUGGAAUCCAAUAUUUGGCCCUGGGGAGCAGCAACACUGGAACCAGUUUUCUACCCUGGUCCUGAUAGCUGGCUUGCUGAUGACAAUGAGUCUCUGUUAAUCAGAACUGAGGAUAUUCCUGAAGGCCUGAUCUUAGACUAUAUCCUUAACUCUAGGAAGAAAUUAGAGGAAGAUCCUUCUGCAGACGAGAAUGAAGGUAUGACCAAUACCAAUAUAAGAGAAGACUUCCUGGAUGAGUCUGAAAUAUUUGUCUUUCCAGAAACUACAACUCAGCCUGCACCUCUGUUACAGACCGAAGAGCCAUCAUCUGUGGAACCAUCUACACAGAUGGAAACAGCAGCCAUGUAUGAUCUUUCUUUGGUUAAACCAUCCCUUUUUUUGGAGCCUUCAGUGGAUUAUUCCUCUGUAGACAUGCCAACUGGAGAGGACCCUGUCUCACCACAGGAUACAGAUAUGUCUGUAGAAGAUAAUUUUCUUACAUCCACAGGGACCCUCAGUGUGGAACAACCUGAAGAGUUCAGUGUGGGUCGGAAGAUCAUUUCUGAAGCAGCUGAACACCAAAACGAGGACAGGUCAAUGGCAGAAGAAUUAUCCACAGGUGGGCAGUUGGAUGUAGCUGAAGCUGUUACAACAGGCCACUUGGACACAAGCUCUUCAGAAACUAUUUUGGCCAUGGAUCCUUUCACAGUACGUGCUGACACUUCCACAAAAGAGCAGCAAACCCUAGAUUCACCCUUGACAGGCCAAGAAGCUACUGGAUCAGUGAUGAAGAAACCAGAUGAUAUUUGGCCUACUGACAGAGCACUGGAGAAGACAUCAGAUCACAAAGUGCAAUCAGCAAUACCAACUGUACCUCAGCUUUCUACUGUAGUUCCUUCUGUAAUAGAUCAGACCACUGUUUUAGAGGACUUCGCUGGACAGGGUGAUACGGACCACGACACCUAUGUUUCCAGUAGCAUUAGCACUGUUAUGAACUCGCAUGUAACAGUGAGAGUAACAACAGAUACUGUAGCGCUUCCAUCCCAUUUCGCUCCUACGGGAUCCACAGUAUCGCUGUCUUUGGCUACCUCAACAAAGCUGGAAGAUGAAACAACAGUCUUGGAUAUUUCAGUGGAGCUGGAUCAUGUGAGCACUGUCCACUCUUCUCCUGAGCUGAGUGAGGAGGGAAGGGGCAUGACUGAGAGUCACGUAGAGCUAACAACAAAUGUCCAAUCCACAGAGAUGGCCAGCGUGGCCUGGCCCACUCAUGAAAAUCGCAACAGUACUCCUGUCCCAUCACGAGCUCUAGUGGUGUUCUUCAGUCUUCGAGUUACCAACAUGAUGUUUUCAGAGGACCUGUUCAAUAAAAAUUCUCCUGAAUAUAAAGCAUUAGAGCAACGAUUCUUGGAACUGCUUGUUCCCUACCUUCAGUCAAAUCUGACAGGCUUCCAGAAUCUGGAAAUCCUGAACUUCAGAAAUGGCAGCAUUGUGGUGAACAGCCGAAUGAAAUUUGCCAAACCUGUGCCUCGGAACGUCACCAAUGCCGUGUACUUGAUUCUGGAAGACUUCUGCAACACUGCCUAUCACACCAUGAACCUGGCCAUCGAUAAGUACUCUCUGGAUGUGGAAUCGGGCGAUCAAGCAGAUCCUUGCAAAUUCCAGGCCUGUAACGAGUUCUCCGAAUGCUUAGUAAAUCGCUGGAGCGGGGAAGCAGAGUGCGUCUGCUAUCCUGGCUACCUAAGUAUUGACGGGUUGCCGUGCAACAGCAUUUGUGAUCUGCAACCCAACUUCUGCUUGAACGAUGGGAAGUGUGACAUAAGCCCUGGGCAAGGGGCCAUAUGCAGGUGUCGUGUAGGAGAGAACUGGUGGUACAGGGGGGAGCACUGUGAAGAGUAUGUGUCUGAGCCACUUGUCGUGGGUAUUGCAAUUGCUUCGGUGGCAGGAUUCCUUCUUGUUGCGUCUGCUGUGAUCUUCUUUCUGGCCAGGACCCUUCGAGACCAGUACACGAAGAGUGACACCGAGGACUCACUGGGGCAGGGUGACAGCCUCUCGUCCAUUGAGAAUGCAGUUAAAUACAACCCCAUGUAUGAAAGCGACACCACUGGCUACAGCCACUAUUACCGGAGAUACCCCCAGCUGACAUCCUACAGUUCGACUAGCGCAGAGACAUCCGCGGAGUACAGCAGUGAAGAGAUAAGGCACAUCUAUGAAAACAGCGAGCUUACUAAGGAGGAAAUUCAAGACAGAAUUCGAAUUAUAGAGCUGUAUGCUAAAGACCGUCAGUUUGCAGAAUUUGUUAGGCAGCAUCAAAUGUGA